AUGGCGACCCGUCUCCCAACCGGCACGACCCUCAAUGGAACCUACACCGGGGUAUACUCGACCUCAUUCGAGCAAGACUUCUUCCUUGGAAUCCCAUACCUACAAGCCCCCGUCGAUGACCGACGCUUCCACCCGGCCGAUAGCCUCACGAGCAGUUGGAAUGGCACGCGCAAUGCGACCGCCUACGCCCCCUCCUGUGUGGGAUACGGUCCCUCCGACCACCCCGACGACAUGUCCGAGGACUGCCUGUACCUCAACAUCGUGCGACCGCACCAUCACACGAGCACGACCACCGACCUCCUCCCCGUGGUAAUCUACUUCCACGGCGGCGGCUUCUCAGGCGGCAGCGCGCGCGACGGACGCUACAACCUCAGUUCCUUCGUUGCGCGAUCUGUUCAACAAGAACAGCCUGUCAUAGCCGUCAGCUUUAACUACCGACUGAGCGCCUGGGGGUUCCUGUACAGCAACCAGAUCCGAGACACGGGGGCAACCAACGUGGGCCUCCGGGACCAGCGCUAUGCCUUGCAGUGGGUGCAGGAGAAUAUCGCCGGGUUUGGAGGCGAUCCCCAGCAGGUCACCGUCUGGGGCCAGGGGGCUGGGGCAUCUAGCGUGGGCUUCCAGCUCACGGCGUACGCGGGGCGUGAUGACGGGCUGUUGCGCGGCGCCAUCCUGCAGAGCGGGAACCCCGUGCCCGCCCGCGGACUCAACGGCACCCAGUACUUCCAGCCCCUGUACGAUGCCCUGACCCAGCAGGUGUAUCCCUCCUCCACAUUCGCACUGGACCCGGAUCGCAUGGCGUGUCUGCGGACGGUGCCCUUUGCGGAGAUGAACGCUGCUAUCAAUGCCACGAGCCCUCACGGCUGGUUUCCUGUGAUCGAUGGGGACAUCGUCUCCGAGCAGCCGAGUCGCUCGCUGUAUACGCGCAAAUUUGUCCCCGUGCCAAUCAUCCUCGGGGCCGCGACGGACGAAGGAACCGCGCAGAUGCCAGCUGAAGUGGAGAUUGUGACAGACGAGGAUUUUGCGGAUAUGGUCGCCAACCCGCAAUCGUAUGGCGUUGCUCCUGGGAUCGCCCUGCCACAAGUACUAGUCGACCAGAUCACCGCUGCGUACGCCAACGUCUCGUCAGUACCGGUUGUGAAAGCGCAGCUGUAUCAAGGUGAUGCGGCGGUGAUCGCCAACCGACGCCAGGCGUGUGCUACCUGGUCCCGCAACAAUGUUACGUCGUAUUGCUAUCGCUGGAAUGUCGCCCUGGAUGCGGCACAGCGCAACGCACAGCACGGCGACGAGCUUCCCUUCGUCUUCGACAAUACGCGCGGCACGGGCUACGAACACAACCCACUGAGCACUGAGUCCCUUGCGGAGCUAGCAGCCCAAGUAAGCGGCAGUUGGGUCAGCUUUGUCGCGACUUUGAACCCGAACGCCUGGAAGACGGCCACUAAUAGCAGCGUGGUUGCAACCUCGAUAACCAGCAAGGGAGGCAUUCCGAUCUGGCCGCGAUACGGUGCCCCGCACCAGUACGCACUGGUCUUCCAGGCCAACGGGACGAGUUACGUCGAGGAGGAUACCUGGAGAGCGACCCCGAUUCGGCUAAUCAAUGGGCCACCGUCGGGAAUUGCAGUGGCGUAUCAACGAUAG